GAUUGCAGAUUUUGGGCAGCCCCCGAGUGAGGAGGCCAUCGGGGAGCAAGUCCAGGAGCUGCUGCUCUACGAACUGGGUUUCCUGGUCUGCAUGGCCAUCGGGCUCCUCUUCAUCAUCCUCGUGCCCCUGGUGGGAUGCUGCUUCUGCUGCUGCCGCUGCUGUGGGAACUGCGGGGGUCGCAUGUACCAGAAGCAGGGCCGGCGGAUGGGCUGCCGGCGCCAGGCGCUCUGGGCCUCCGUCCUGCUGGUCUCUGCUCUCCUCCUGGCCGGCGACGUCUGCACCUUUGUCAGCAACACCCGCUUCUCCCAGGCUGUGUGUGGCACCUUCCCCAACGUCAACGACACCCUGGACAACGUCCACACCUACCUGGCCUCCAUCCCCCAGCAAAUCAAUUUUAUCAUCGACAGCAGCAACGUCCCGCUGGGCCAUGCCAACCGCAGCCUCCAGGACAUCGGGACCAGCCUGGGCGGCAUGAUCGUCUCCGAGAUCAGGAGCAGCACGGAUGGGGCUCUGGGAUCCCUCCAGAGCCUCUUGCAAGGGAUGGAGAUGCUGGUGGCAGCCUUCAGCAGCAUCGCCAGCACUCGCUCACGCCUCGAGGAGCUGCAGAGCAACUACAGCCAGCGGCUGGCCAGCCUGCGGGAUGGCCUCAACCAGACCCUGCAGCGCUGCGGCCGCCCCUGCGACAGCGUGUCCCUGGAUGGCCUUGCCUUCAGCACCAACUUCAGCAUGAUCCCCGGUGUGGAGCAGCAGCUGGAGGCACUGCGUGAUGUGUCUGGCUCCAACAUAGAGGCUGAUUUAGAGGAGGUUAACAACACGCUGGACACGACCCCUGCCAAGGUGCAAGAGCAGUCCCGGGAUGUGGUGACAAAGACCCAGGACCAGCUGGGCCUCAUCAGGGAGAAGAUCAGGAGCUUGCAGGAGCAGUUGCCGCUCCUGGAUGUGGAGGAGAGUGUCGGGGCCUUCGUGGACAACACCAUGUCGGUGCUGGAGGAGUACAGGGAGCCGAUCAUCUCCUUGGAUGGGCUCAGGUGGAGCGUGUGUGCCCUCCUGUGCUGCAUGGUGCUGCUGGUGGUCCUUUGUAACGUUGUCGGGCUGCUGCUGGGGCCCCUGGGGCUGAAGGAAAGCGUGCUGCCCACGCAGCGCAGCAGCCUCUCCAACGCCGGCGGGAACUUCUUCAUGGCAGGGGUCGGCUUCAGCUUCAUUUUCUCCUGGCUGCUGAUGCUGGUGGUGCUGAUCCCCUUCAUGCUGGGGGGGAACAUCUACGUGCUCAUCUGCGAGUCCUGGCGCAGCCAGCAGCUCUUCCAGCUCCUGGACACCCCCGGCCUGAUCCCUGGCUUCAACCUGUCGGAGCUGCUGGGCCAGGAGGGUGGCACAGCAAACUUCUCGGAGAUGUACAGGCAGUGCCAGCGAGACGCUGCCCUGUGGCAAACGCUGCACCUGGACCAGAGCGUGUCCCUGGACGAGCUCUUGAACAUCAGCCAGUACACAGGAGAGAUCUCCACGGCCUUUGAGAAGAUGAACAUCACCCUGAGCCCCAUCUUGCUGCUCAGUCAGAGCCAGAGAGACUUGCUGCUGAAUGCCAGCCGGGCCGGGCAGCCCCCCGACUUCACCCCCACCCUGGAGCAGCUGGAUCAGAACGUGACCCAGGGAAGCCUCCUGGAUCUGGCCGCAGAGUUGGAGCAGCUGGCAGACAAAGCGGGCACUAAUGUGAAAGAGGACCUGAAGGCUGAUGCUCGCAAGCUGAGGGAGCUGGACAAGGAGAUGCAGAUGAGCUUGUCUAGGCUGCUGCAAAGCCUGAAAGAGAACAUCUACUCGGUGCAGAGCGGGACUACCCAGCUCGAGGCAGAGACAAAAGCUGCGCUGGACAAAGCCAGCGAAACCCAGGAGUUCCUGGAGAGGGAGACGGCAAACAUCAUCAAGAAUGAGACGUGGGCCUUCCUGGAGGAGCUGUUUGACUUCUUUGAGACCUACAUCUCCUGGGCCAAGAGCAGGCUGACGGGAGAUGUGGCACGUUGCAAGCCCAUAGCUCAGACCCUGGAUAACGUGGAGGCCAUCACCUGCGACUACAUCCUGGACUCUCUGAAUGCCUUCUGGUUCAGCCUGGGCUGGUGCACCUUCUUCCUGCUGCCCAGCAUCAUCCUGGCUGUCAGACUUGCCAAGUUUUACCGCCGCAUGGACAUCGCCGAUGACUACAGGAAUGAAGCCUUGGAGAUGCCGCCCACAUUCAACUUCUACAAAAUCCCCCGGCCGUCCACGAGGCAUUAGCCCCUGUUGCCCACAGCGCGGGCACGGAGGAGAUGGACACAGCUGUCCCGUCUGCUGCGCCUUCUCCUUGGGUGCUGUGGAGCAGG